AUGGCGGGUGUUGACUCUGACAGAAUAUCCAUUGCGUCUAAACGUUCGAUAGCAAGCGUUGCUUCGAAAUUUUCAACCCUCUGGUCAAAGGUCCCACGCUCUUCCAGGAAAAUACCAUUACCGCUCGCCGUUAUAUGUUCCUACAUCGAGACUACUCCCAAUGCCCAGUUAUCCCCCAUCAAAGAAUUGAUCGUUUACAAAGAAGAGAAAGGUGUCCAGCACGAGUUCCUACUUUUGCGGCUGGCGAGACCUACUGGAGAAGAUUUUUGGGUGCGUUUGGAGAGAAGACGGUCGGUGGGCACUUUCGGUAACCUGAUAUCGAGUGGAUUGGAAGCAAACGACAUGGCAAGUCUUUCUGGGAAAAGAGCCGCUCUGUUGGGUAGCACGAAGAGUGUCGAGAAGACGGGGAUCAUUUUUCGCGACCCGCCUUCGCUAACGGACUUGCUUCGUGUCCUUGAGGCACUUAGGGAGUCAUCAAAAUUCUAUAAAGUCUGGCCGGAUCACGGUGGCGAGUUGGGAAGCAUAUCACCGCCUGGGUCCCCAGCAUUCGAAUCUCCCAUCGAUGAGCUUGAAAUUGAGCACGAGCCUAGUCAGGUCUCUUCGUCGGUCAGAAUCUCAAAUGCUCCUAUCGCAGGACGCCUAUUCCAGUGUAAGACAAAUUUCUUUGCACAGAUUUAUGCCUCCGCCUGA